UAUGAUUUCAGCCAUUCAUUGGAUCAGAAAAGGUGCACCUGCUCAGCAUCCUAAAAAAUAUGAUUUAAAUGACGAAGAAUAUGCCAGAAUCAGUAAAUUGGCAGCAGAGCAAUUAGAGGAUGCCAAGGAAGAAUUAAAGGCUGCAACCGAUAAUUCUAUGGAAGUAGAUGAUGAAGAAAAGAAAAAUAGCGAUGAAUUGGCUUUAUACAAGUUGGAUGACUAUGACACAGAAGUAAAAGCGUCUAAUAAAAAGGUCGGCAUAUUCUCCAACAUAAAAGAUUUAGCCUAUUAUGAAAAUGACCAAGAUGAUCCAUAUGUCACCUUGGAGAAUGAUAUGGAUGCUGAAGAAGAAGAGAAAGAGUUGGAAGUAUUACCAACCGAUAAUAUGCUUUUGGCAGCAAAAACAGAAGAUGACAUUUCACAGUUGGAAGUCUAUGUAUAUGAAGAGUCACAAGAAAAUCUCUAUGUCCAUCAUGAUAUCAUGCUACCUUCUUUCCCUCUUUGUCUUGAAUGGUUAGACUUCCAUACAAGUGAGGGUAAAGUGAACCCAGAAACAUCUGGUAAUUACGUGGCUAUUGGCACAUUUGAUCCUGAUAUCGAAAUCUGGGACCUUGAUACGGUCGACAUCAUGUAUCCUGAGACUAUCCUGGGCCACACAGACAAAUCAAAGAAACGCUCAAAGAAGCCAAAUGCUCAUUAUCAUGUCGAUGCUAUCAUGGAUUUGGCUUGGAACAAAAAUCAUAGAAACUUCUUAUUGUCUGCUUCAGCGGAUGGAACAAUUAAGCUGUGGGAUUUGACCACUUCAAAGUGUGUACAGAAUUAUACUCAUCACACUGACAAGGUACAAUCUAUCGUUUGGCAUCCAACAGACUCCACUGUAUUUGCUUCUGGUUCUUAUGAUAAAACAGUCUGUGUACUUGAUGCUCGUUCUCCUGGUCAAGUGACUAGAUGGCGACUGGAAAGUGAUGUUGAGUCUAUUCGCUGGGACCCCCAUCAAACUUCAAACUUUUAUGUCGCUUUAGAAAAUGGACUUGUACAAUACUUUGAUGUUCGCAUGGCCAAAGAUGGUAAAGGUGGUAAGCCUUUAUUUACACUUCAAGCUCAUGAUGACGCAGUAAGUGCCUUUGAUAUCAAUCCUGUAGUGCCUGGAUGUAUUGCAACAGGCAGUACAGAUAAGUAUAUCAAGAUUUGGAAUACAGCAGAUAAUAAGCCUAGUAUGGUAACAAGCCGAAAUUUCGAUCUUGGUAGAAUCUUCUCUACACAGUUUUGCCCUGAUUCACCCUUUCAACUCGCCAUUGCUGGAUCUAAUGGAAAAAUGCACAUUUGGGAUAUGUCGAGCAAUGCUGGUGUUCGUCAAGCGUUCCAACAUCAAGCACUUGCUAGUGUACCAACUGUUGAAGAAAAGAAGCCUGUGACAACUGCCGACGACGAUGACGAAGACGAUGAUGAUGACGCAGAAGAGGAGAGUCUCCCUAUGGUAGAGAACGAUGAAGAAGACGAAGAAGAAGACGAUGAUGAUGCUAUGGAAGACUAA